AUGUCAGCAUCUCACCGAGUUCUAGGUACUGCUUACCGCAUCGAACCUGCAAAUGUGGCCCACGUGCGUGCUUACCUUGAUCUCCGCGAGACUAACGGCUACACGCUCCACGAAACUACUUUCCAUCCUGCCCAAGGAUCGCCCGAUAUCCGAGUUUUUGUCUAUAUAGGAACCCCAGACAACCCUCAAUUUUGCGGUCCUCAGGAUCUGCAGUUUUUAGCCGAGCGUAUCUAUUCGUCUUCUGGUCAAAGUGGCUUAAACCGUAAUUACUUAUAUUCCCUCGAAUCAGCUCUGCUGUACAUGAAUUCAGAGGAAGCUGAUUACCACGUGACAAACUUAGCUGAUAGGGUUAGGAAACUCGCAUUACUUUGCUCAAGGGAGUGCAUGGGCUAG